AUGUUUGCCAAAACGUCCUCCUUUGUCACUCCUAUCACGAAUAUCGAGAGGCGACAUGCGUCAAAAACAGCAUCACCGCGGAGUCAUCGUCAUCGUCAUCGAAUACUCACCGAGAGUUUGGCGAGCAUCGUCAUCGAACCUCAAACCAAAAUCCAAUUUCCGGAGACCUCGAACGCUCUGAAACUCCUCGGCGUCGGUUCUCGAGAAAAGAAAAUCGCGAUAUUGAAUGUCAAAGUGUACGCGGUUGGAAUGUACGCGGACGAGACGAAAAUGAAUAGCAUUAAGAAGGACGCAAUAAACGACGACGAGGGGUUGUUACUCUUGAACGGAAACUUCGAGAAGGAGAUUGUAAUCAAACUGAACAUGAGCGUAAACGAGAAAGAUUUCUUCAAGGCUUUGGAGGAGGCUUUGGUGCCGAGAAUAUCGCGGAUCGCGACGGACAUGGCGACGAGAGAAGACGACGAAGGAAACUUCAUGACAACAACCGCGGAGUAUUCAGAAGAGUGCGAGGAGCGAGCUUUGGAAGAAAUGGAGAUGAUUCGCGAUGGUUUGGGCAAAGGAGGCAAACUCGAGAAGGGCGCUCAAAUUUCGUUUACGUUUCUCGAAACCGGCGGGGAGGUGGCGAUGGUCAUGAAGAGUUCUUUGUCCUCCAGGACAGAGAUCGCGUUUAAGAGUUACGAGUUAGCCAAGGCUUUGUUGGACGUGUACGUGGGGGACGAUCCAAUUUCGGUGGAGGCAAAGAAAGCAUUCGAGGCUGGCUGUUGA